UGUUGUUUACAGUGUCGCUGACAGUGUGGUUAACUGUGCUAUCUUGGGCUCAGCUCCAGGAGAGUGGCUUGGAUGACAUCAUCGCACACAUCGUGCAUCAUCUCAUGCCAGCUUAACAGGAGAAACACAACCUCAGUGGUCUUAUGGACAGCAGAGCCAAAGGUACAGCAGCACAGUGCGUCGAACGGAGAGAUGGAGGGAGAGCUGGCCGCCUGUGAGCGCGUAAACGGAGAGGAGAAGAUCAGAUGAAGAGGGAAUAAAAAAAAACAUGUUUAAUCCUGAAUAAACAAUAUCUUCAAAACCAAAACCAGGAUCCCCUCAUCACCAGCGUCAUGAAACCAGUCCUGCAUUGAGCCUCUCCUCUGUGGGUUGGCAUGGCCCAGUGAUGAACGGAGCGGUGGUGCCCGGUAGCCCGGAGCUCUCCUCCUCGUGCCCACUGCCAGACUGGCGAGAGUUCUGUGAGCUCCAUGCUCGAGCCUCCGCUGCAGACUUCGCUGACAAGUUCCAGCGCUUCCUGUUGGAGAACCCGUGUUACGACUCGCCCGGCGCCGAUGUCAGCUUCUCACAACACUUUGCCCACCACUUCCUUGCGUGCUUCUCUGCAGCGCUGACCCAGGCCCGGGAGAGCCAGGCGUCCUCGCCGGGGGAGGACAGCUCCAACGCAGCACCUAAGUACAGCAUUGUUCCUUUCCUGGGAAUCCAGGGCUGCCCGCUGUCCUACGGCCACGACUUUUACCAGAGACGCAAGGACGCUGGGGCUUCAAGUGAGUCCCUCGACAGCAUGGACAGCGGAGGGGGCGGGAUAGAUGGGGGAGGCAGUGGCACCCGAGGCCCCCAGCCAACCCACAAGGUGUCUGCUCUGGGACAGUCCCGCAGCUCAGAGGACGUGUCGAUCAAUCACCCAAAGGCUCGCUUCAAGAAGGGCUUCUCCCUGAGGAACAUGAGCCUCUGUGUGGUGGACGGGGUGAAGGAGAUGUGGCACAGACGGGCCUCCCCUGAACCCGAAGGUCCCUCUGGAGCCAGGAAGGCUAACGGGGGAGGAGGAGGAGGAGGAGGAGGGGAGGCUGCAGGGGGAGAGAAGUGGUCACAAAAGCUACGGCUUCCCAGGGGCUCCCAGGGCCACAAGGCUGAGAUGCUGGAGAUCCAGAGGGAGGGAGCGCUGAGAUACAUGGUGGCUGAUGACACAAACUGUAUGGGUGCCGCACAGUGGCAGAAGUGCCGUCUGCUGCUGAGGAAGACGAAGAGGGAGGAAGGAGGCGAGAAGUUCCUGCUGGAGUUCUACGUUCCACCCAAGUCCUCAAAGCCCAAAGUGAGCAUCCCUCUGUCAGCCAUCGUGGAGGUGCGGACCACCAUGCCGCUGGAGAUGCCUGACAAGGACAACACUUUUGUUCUUAAGGUGGAAAACGGGGGAGAGUACAUCCUGGAAACCAUCGACUCGCUGCAGAAAAACUCCUGGGUUGCUGACAUCCAGGACUGCAUAGACCCCGGGGACAGCGGCGAUGACAUCGAGCUGGCGUCAUGUCCUCAUGGUCAGGCCUCCAAAGACUGCUCCAUGGUGGCCUCUUGCAGCUGUGAGCUGCUGUCUGAGGGUGUGUAUCGUGCUCCAGAGAGGCCGUGUCCUACAACAGCAGAGCAUUACAGUGCCCCGUCAGUCCGUUGCAGGGAACCCCCCUUCACCCAGCACCCAUCCCACAUGCCUUUAGAGCGCUUCCUCCAGUCCCCAGAGGCCCAGGGCUCCAACUCUUCUGCAGGUGGCAGUGAAGGAGCGAAAGAGUCAGAUGGCGAUGCCAGCCUGGCGGGUUACCCAUGGUUUCAUGGUACCCUGUCCCGCGUUCGUGCGGCUCAGUUGGUGCUUGCAGGCGGGGCCAGGAGCCACGGGCUCUUUGUGAUUCGUCAGAGCGAGACACGGCCGGGCGAGUACGUCCUCACCUUCAACUUUCAGGGCAAAGCCAAGCAUUUGCGUUUGUCAGUGAAUGAGAACGGGCAGUGUCACGUCCACCACUUGUGGUUCCACACCGUGUCGGACAUGUUGAGACACUUCCACGCCCACCCCAUUCCCCUCGAAUCAGGAGGCUCUGCUGACAUCACGUUACGCUCCUAUGUACAAGUGCAGCGAAACUCCACCACAGAUGUGACUGUGCCUCCGGUCCUCACCCCACCCAGGGAUGCAGGCUGCCGGACAGAUUCAGCCCAGCCAGCUCUCCACCCUCCUGGGAUCACCGCGCCUGCAGGGCCCCCUCCAGAUACCCCGCUCUCCUCGAGCACCUCCUCCUCACCCACCGCCCUUCCCUCCCUCUCCCGCAGUGACCCAGGUACUGGAGGAGGAGUAGGAGGAGGGUUGCAGAGCCGGAGCAACAGCUCUGAACGCCUGCUGGAGGCCUCUAGUGGUGCAUCCGACGACUACCACGAUGCUGACGGGACUCGCAGGGCCCGGGCAGUGGAGAACCAGUACUCUUUCUACUAAACGGCCCCAUCGUUUUGUUUGUUUGUUUUUGUUUCAAGGCAAUUUCCUGUUUCUGUGAUUUGAGAAGAAAGGUCAGAUCAUGGCGAGCAGUGCGUCCACGCUGACAAAUCCCUCAGGCUCUGCGGCUUCGUUUGAAACUCAGUUGUCAAGAAUGCCAGUGAACAGAGAAAUAGAAGGCCACAGGAAGCAAUAGAGAUGUUGAGAUUGAGCAGCGAAGAUGAGCGUAGGCGGAGAAAGCAAGAGGAAGUCACCCAGUGGAGUCAUAUAGCUUUGAUUCAUCUCUUCUGACCACUUCCUGUUCACCCUUAGCCACAGUUCCCUGGGAGCAGAGCCUGUGUCACCACCCCACUGAAGGAUUGAGAGUUUGAAAUGACCCUGAAGAAACAGUCCCUCCCCUCCGAGCUUCCCUGAGCUCCCGAGAGCAUCUCUAUUAAUGUUUAUAAAGCUGCUUUGAGUCUGUCCCGGAUAUCCUUAGUGUCCCUGCAGGGUUUCCCUACAAAGUCCUGCUCUGGGUCUCUGCUCGACUCUAACAUCAGCAAUCAUGGGUGUGUUAGUGUUAGCUCAGAGAUGUUUUUCUUAAACAUGUACAGCCUAAAGGGUCUUAGUGCCUGACAAUUACCUUGGACUUGAACGGACUGUUAGUGAUAGAUAGUGACAAGGAAGAUGGUGUCGACAUCUUGCAUAAUCACAAAAGCCCAAAAACGUAACGCAGGUGAUUAUUUCACUGUCAGUUUCUGCUUAAAACACACUGAACGUGCAUAUCGCUGCAUAUUAAAAUGGUUUUGUUCUCACAGUUUUAUCAAUGGUUGCAACACACGCACACACAGACACACAGACACACACACACACACAGCCAUAUGUUGUGUUACAAAUGAACAACACAUGUUCAGUCUGUAUGAAUAUGGCAGGGUGGCUCCCAUUUUGCUGUCAUACCGGGUUAUUUCUAUGAGUGUGUGGUGGUGUAUUAGAGUCCAAAUAUUUUUCAAUGAUUGGUGUGCUACGGUAGUGUUUCUAAAACAUGGUUUCAAGGUCCCUCCGUCUGGUGCUGGUUCUGUAUUCAAGCUUAUCAUAUCAAUAACCUGUAGAUUAGAUAUGCUGUUACUAUAGGAGUUCACUUUGAAGUAAUGCUUUAAAGAUAGUAUUAUACCAAAUCCAGCAUUUAGGCUAUAGGAGGGACUGGGGACUUGUUUUUCUAGAAAGGUGGCAGUAUUGCAUACUGUUUGUGCGGCCUGGUGUGGACUGGAACGGUACAGACAGUAAGGUAAAGGGUACUAAAUGGCCAUGCUUGAAUGGGAAGAUGGGACAAUGCUGCUUUAAUUCAUGCUGAGGGAGUACUACGCUUUUUAAGUUCAAAAGAAAACCUACAUUUCACACUACAAAAUACUUGUUACUGUGAGUAUUGACAUUCAUUAUAACACAAAAUAUCACUUAAAAUAUCCUCUUAAAGAGAAAGUUUGACAUUUUGGGAAAUACACCAUUCGCUUCCUUGCCAAGUUACAUGAAUUGAUACCACUCACAUGAAAGUGGUAUCAAUCCUCUCAUCAAUCUCACAAGUGUACUUCCUCAAAAUGUCAGCUUUUCUUUUAAAGCAUGUUAGACACACCUGAAAACAUGAACAGAAAAGCAGGCACCUUUCAGCUACUGUAUUUCAAACAUAUGCAGCACUUUUGUUCAGUUGGAAUAAACAUAUCAAGAGUCAACAUCUGUCUUUUCAAGCACGGCUAUUUAGCUUCAAAGGUGAAAUUUCAGUCGAGGAGCGGGCGGAGCAGUUCAUGUGCCAAUUUGAAUCCUAUUUUUUAACAUAUUUAUUCCUCAGCCGUUGUAAAUUACAUUUUUCCUAUCGAGUCUUAUUUAUGUACAAUUAAUUGAUUCUUCUUAAUGAAACGCCCUCAGUGGAACCUGUCUGUUGCAAGAGCCUAUCUCACAUACUGUAUCACAGAUUGCUCAUGCCUCCCUUUUAUUUUCUUAACACUUCUUAAAGCUAAAUUUUCUGUUGUCUGACUGAGUUUUGAAGAGUCUGUGCAAUUUUGUACAAAGUGAUGUACUUGACAUACUACUUUAUAUUUCUGUGAAUAAAAUGUGAACAAACUA